UAGGGUUCUGGUACAUUGGUGCCUAUAUAAUAAAAUAAAUAUUUUAGUUUAUAGUAUUAUUAAUUAAAUUGUAUAGUGUGUGUAAUCAAUUAAUUUAAAUUAUGAUAAGAAUUUUAUUAUAGGCUGUUUGUAUUACUAUCCACAACAUUAGCUUCCUUCCCUGUAGGAUCUAAUAUAAUAUUUUUUGUUUAAGUUGUAAACACGGCAGUGAAUACUUGUUUUUCUACUAGAAUUUUAGUGUUAUUAUGAGUCAUGGGGUUUGAAUCAUUAUUCCAAUUGAUCUGAUAUUACAUUUACUCAAUAAUUGUGUGAAAUGGCUGAUUUGAUUCGUGGGAUGGGGGCCCCAAUUGGACCCCCAGUAAAGGAUAAGUUGGGAUCGCCUUCCACUGAGUCCGAAGAAGGAGGUGCUGAUUUAGCGGAACUUGCUGCAGAUCUUGAAUUGGAUGAGGCUGAUGGACCUAGUACUAACGGUGAACGCCAAGCAGUGCUUGCACCUCCAGAAACUGAGUGGUAUCAUGGCAGAUUGGAUAGAUACACCUCUGAGGAAAGACUGUGGGCUGCUGGAAAGCUUGGUAGCUACUUAGUACGAGAAAGCGACAGAAAACCGGGCUCAUAUGUACUCAGUUAUUUGGGCCGCACUGGGAUGAACCACUUCAGAAUAACAGCAGUAUGUGGCGACUACUAUAUUGGCGGUCGACAGUUUGAUUCUCUGCCCGAAUUGGUCGGCUUCUAUAGUCAUUGUUCGGAUUUGUUGAAGAGAGAGCGACUUGUCGAACCUGUGGCACCCCCUGAACCAGUGAAUGAUAAAAAGAGAGUUGUAGCGAUACUGCCGUAUACUAAAAUGCCCGAUACGGAUGAGCUUACUUUCCAAAAGGGGGAUAUAUUUUUUGUUCACAAUGACAUGGGAGACGGUUGGCUGUGGGUGACGGCGCACAGGACGGGGGAGCAAGGAAUGAUCUUCAGGGAGUUAGUCGAAGAUCUUGACCCAUCAAUCGAUCCGAACACAGUGUUUUCGUGGUUUCAUCCAAAUUGCACUAAGAGUGAAGCUGUCGAUAUGCUAGUCAAAGCUGGUCCAGGCAGUUUCCUUGUAAGACCUUCGGAUAACUCUCCCGGAGACUACUCCCUAUUCUUCCAUAUUAAUAACCAGAUACAAAGAUUCAGAAUAGAAAAGAAAGGCGUCAGGUACCUUAUGGGAGGGAGGACGUUUGAAUGUUUGGAUGCUGUUAUAAAUAGAUACAGGAAGGAACAGAUCGUUGAAGGGCACACUCUCGGACAACCUCUUAUAGCGGAGGGUCAUCAUAUAGAACCGCAACAAAACACAACCGGGGCAGCUGCCGAGAAAAUUUACGCGACAUUACGCGAGUGCAGAGAUCAAAUAGGUCUCAAGAAGAUGAAGGGUAUAAAGCAUCAAGGCUAUUUGAAUAAGAAAUCCGACAAAGCAGCAAAGAAAUGGAAAGCUCUUUACUUUGUUCUGCUGCAAGAGGGGACUGAUACACAUUUGUAUUUUUAUGAUUCACCAAAAAGAACCAAACCCAAGGGAUUGAUCGAUCUCUCUUGCGCUUAUCUCUACCAGGUCCAUGAGUCGCUGUGGGACCGUGAGUUCUGUUUCCAACUAGUGGAGCGUGCCUUACCGUGCCUGUCGACGCACACGUUCCUCUCCGCCAACUCCGCUCCCGAGGAGCGCGCCUGGCUCGACGCGCUGCGACCUCUAUGCGUGCCGCAGCAGGCGAGACAUCAAUGCAAGGUGGCGCGCGUGGUGUGGCUGCGCGCGCUGCGCGUGCGGUGCCUGACGGCGCACCGGCUACCCGCGCGCCUCGCGCCGCGCCCCCACCUGCGGCUCGCGCUCGGCGCCGCGCCCGUCGCGCGCACCCGCCCGCGGCCCUCGCCCGACCCGCACUGGGACGACGAGUUCGUGUUCGAUGAUGUGCCUCCUGAUGUGACUUCGUUCACCAUUACUGUUCAUAAUACUGGGAAGAGAGGUAAAGAAUCUGAGGUUGCAGAGUUGACUAUAGAACUGGCAAAUCUUGCUAACGGCGAAGAGACUGAAGAGUGGUACCCACUUGCGGGUAUGACACCUAUAGGAGAGUGGGGUUCUUUAAGACUUCGUAUUAGGUAUAUGCAAGAGUUAGUGAUGCCUCGUGAAGAAUACAAUCCACUCCGUCAGCUCCUAUUAGAACCUGGACUACCUGCGGUUAAAGCCUUGGCAGAUCUAUGUCGCACCGAUAGACAACCUCUGGCGACUUCGAUCCUGCACGCGUUCGCCGAGUGCGGGCGCGGUGCGGAGCUGUCGCGGGAGUUGGCGGCCGCAGAGCUAGCGCGCGAGCCCGACCACCGCGCACUGUUCCGCGCCGCCUCGCUCGCCACCGCCGUGCUCGACCAGUUCAUGCACGCGCAGUGCAAGCCCUUCCUGCAGGCCGCAAUAGCUGAGACUAUUCAGAAGCUAAUAGACGCAAAGCAGUCUGCCGAACUUAACCCUACGAAAAUGGACUCACCUGAGGAUGCUUGCAAUAAUGCUGAGUUUCUGCUAAUGAUUCUCGAUCAGAUCACGCUGUCGAUCUUCACGUCUCCGGAGUCGUGUCCGCGUCCGCUGCGCUACCUGUGCGGCUGCCUGCAGCGCGCCGCCGUCGCCAAGUGGCCCAACGAGCGCUUCGUACGCACGCGCGUCGUCUCCGGGUUCAUCUUCCUGCGGCUGAUCUGCCCGGCGCUGGUGGAGCCGCGCGCGUUCGGGCUGGUGUCGAGCGCGCCGCCGCCGCACGCGCAGCGCUCGCUGCUGAUGGUGGCCAAGUGUCUGCAGAACCUCGCCAACCUCAUCGAGUUUGGCGCCAAGGAGCCGUAUAUGGAAGUGGUUAAUCCAUUUAUUUUGAAGAAUAAGGAACGCAUGGUCGUGUUUUUGGACCAGCUGAGUAACGUGCCUGACCCGGGGAAUCCGCCGCCUAAUACGAACAAUAAUUUCGACAUUGCUAAAGAACUGGCAACCCUUCAUCACAUCUGCGUAUCGCAUCUGACUGAGCUGCAGGCUUUAGCGAAAACUCAACCCGCCAUCAGGAAACUGGUUACAGUUACAGAGAUGCUCACCAAACACAAGCACAAGUAUCUAGAAAUGAUCAGAUAGGAUACGCCUACACAUAAUACAGGGUAAAAGGUCAUAACUGCCCUGGUAGCGGCAGAGAGUAGUCGUCAUGUAAUGAGUUCGCAACUGUAGGAAUAAGAGUAAACCUUUAGUCGUAUACGCGUAGUCAUUGUUAGCUGUUAGCAUUUUGUUGCAUUCUGCAUUUGGAAUAAAUUAUUUUUGUGCUUCCUCGUGCCAAAUAUUGCAUUUGGGCUUCAAUAUUCAGCAUAAAAAAUGCUGGAUGUGAUAUCGGCGUAAACUAAUGUAAAGUUGUAAACCCAAAAUUGCCUUAAAAGUCUUCUUUUAUAAUUUCUACUUCUAAAAGUGUAAUACAACUUCUUGUGAACAUUUUUGAAUAAAUGUCCCUACAUUUAUUAAUUUAAUUAGGGGCAACAUAACGUCGCUUAGAUUUCAUUCAGAGUGUGAAGUAUUUUAUUUGUAAUAGUAGGUAUUUUUUAUAUAUAAUAGAAGCGUAAAUAAAUGACAAGUAAAAAAUACAACUAUUUUAUAAAGGAUAUGAUUUAAGUAUUUGGCGAAAAAUAGAAAUAUGACUAUUGUAAACUUGAUUUAGAUUUUUAAGUUUAAACCGAUACAUACCUUUGUAUGUUGUUUGAAGAUGUUGCCAUUCGUUUUUCGGGUGAAAUCACAAUUUGAAUUUAGUACUAAACAUCACAUUAUGUGUUACUGCAACACAAUUAUUUUAUCAUAAUAAAGUAUUAGACUUUAAACAGUAACGUUAGAUUAUAAAUUAUACCUUUUAUAUUUAUGUAUCAAUUAAAAUUUAUAUUAAAGUAUUAUUACCCUGAGUUAAUAUUACAUUAGUAUUUGUAAUCCUAGAAUAUUAGUCAUAGAUUUAGGUUAACGUUUUGACCAUCACUCAUAAGACACCAAAAAUGUAUUAGUGAAUGUAUGAAUGUGAUAGCUGACGGUCAUAGAAUGGUGUUCUUUAUAAAAAUCCUCUAUGGAUGUGACAAUGCACAUACAAUUACACAGUGCACCAUGACUAUAAUUAUUAAUUCUCUGUGAUAAUUAUUAAUUAUUCCUUCUUGAAUAAUUGCAUUUUUCUGUGAUUUUAUUAAAAAUCUGAAUUUAUUGUUUA